AUGGCAAGCCAGAAUACAGACCCAAUGGCAGCAUCCACUUCCAACAGAAACAAGGAUAACACAGAAAGAAUGGGCUCAGCAAAAGAUAAUCAUUCCGUCAGCAAAAGAUUACAGCAGGAGUUGAUGACACUUUUGACAUCCAACAAUACAGGAAUAUCAGCAUUUCCUGAUGGUGAUAAUUUGUUCAAAUGGAUAGCCACAUUAGACGGAGCAACUGGAACGGUAUACGAAGGCCUUCGUUACAAGCUCAUCCUCGAGUUCCCUAGCAGCUACCCCUACCAAGCGCCAACCGUCAAGUUUGACUCACCUUGUUACCAUCCCAACGUGGAUCACCAUGGAAACAUUUGUCUGGACAUCCUGAAGGAGAAGUGGUCAGCCCUGUAUGAUGUUAGAACAAUACUUCUUUCACUCCAAAGUCUUUUAGGAGAGCCAAAUAUUGACAGCCCCCUCAACAUACAUGCAGCAGACUUGUGGAAAAAUCAGACAGCCUACAAAAAAUACCUCCAUGAAAAGUAUGAGAAAGACGUCCGCAGCAAAUCAUCGUAGCUGACUUAAGCUGCCUAAGAUAAAAAUUCUACACCGGUCUAUGGUAAUUGUGCAAUAAUUUAUUGAGUUAUUUGAUGGUGUAGAUAUUGAACUGACUGUUCAUAGACACUCAUAUUUUUACUAGGAAAAAACUUUUGUACUUUGAAAAUCGCCAACAAUGCUAGAAUUAUGAAGCUGUAUGUUUAUGAUGUAAUGCCAGAUUCAGAGUCAAGUUAUAUUUGAAUAUCAGAUAAAGAUGAAAACUGAUAAUAAAUGUUGGAUAAAUAAAAGUAAUGUAAAAUAUCAGAAAACAUUAACUGGGUAAAAUCAUUUUAGCAUCUUACCAGUUUAACUUGGAAGGUGUGUACUAACCACUAAGCUCUGUAUCUAGUUCAGAUCAGUGAGCUUAAACUGUGAAACUUUGUCAAACCCUAGAAAUGUUUGUACUAGGAAAGGUUUGUUUUGUCAUUUAGAAAGAAAGAAAACUUGAGUCAAUUUUAUAUGCACUCCAAAAAUGAUUUGUAUGGUGGCUGCCUCUUUUAUUGCAUUGACAACUUGCUUUAUCUGAUUGAAUGAUCAUGAAUCACUCCAUUUUCCAGACACGUCACUGUGUCAUGUCUUUGCUGUCUUAGUAAGGCAGAGAACAAUAAGUUCAAUGUCCUAUUAUGUAUAGUAAUUUUUUGACGGCAGAUAGACAAAAAAAACGCAAUAAAUGUACCCCUGUUACUUAAUUAUCUGUCCUCCCCUACUGAAACUAAUUAUGUCCAUCUUUUCAUUUCAAACACAUCGUCUUAACUGUUCUUUGUAUAUAGAUACUAAACAUGUGCUUAAGAUAUUUUACCACGGCUGUGAUUUGAAGAGUACAAUGUUUAAAAAAAGACAAUAUUUUCUACGUUUCCACAUUUCACUCGAUGUGUUUGUACUAGUAUAAAUAAGCAAAUGUAGAGUUGAUUUUACCACUCUGUGACUUCUUUCUUAACUCAAAUAUCCUCAUCUUGCACAUUUAGGAUUUAGAAAUGCUAGUAUACCUUUAAAAUCUAAGAACCAUCACGUUUGUCUUCAUCCGAUAUUGAAUUCAUAGUUAAUGCUGCUUGUACAGGAAUCAUUUUUGUCUUUCAGAAGAUUAAUAUUAUAUGUCAGAAAGAUUUGAAUUCAAUGCAGAAAAGAACAUAUGUUUGUUUUUCCUAUCCUAUAUCAACAGAAAGGUCAUCUGAUGAAAAAUCAGUUACUUUGAAAGUUUUUACCUUUUGAUACUGUAUAUAAGUUCUACAAUAUGUACGGAAUGUUGAGAUGAACUUGAUAUCUGAGUUUUCAUCAUCCUGUAUGUCACCAUCUACCACGUGAUAUUGCAGUGUAUAAGUGACCGGGGUAUCUAGACCUUUUUACAUCAGUGUUCUGUUUUACCUUCUAAACUUUCUCUUUUCAUUUUGUAUAUUUUGUAUUGUGUCUAUUUAUAUAUAUCUUUGUUUCAUCUUACACCUACAUA